AUGUCGAUGCACACCUCUCUUCGUCGCUCCGCGACCACGAUAUCCAGCUCAACCUUCAGCUUCCUCCCGACUCAACGACCUUCCUCCGCAAUCAAGCCUACAACCUUCAUCUGUUCCCAAUGCCGUCACGCCACGCUCCUCCGCCGCCCCAAGCGGCCAUACACCUUCACCCAGCUGGUCACUCUCUCUGAUGGCAGCGCCUUCACCCACCGCACAACGUCCCCGGCCCCCGUCUACCGGGCCACUCGCGAUACCCGUAACUCCCUGCUGUGGAACCCCUCCAGCAGCAAACUGAUGAAUGUGGAGGAAGACGAGGCCGGACGAUUGGCUGCUUUCCGCGCGCGUUUCGGUCGUAGCUGGGACGCCAAUGCCCCGGCCCCCGAGACCGCGUCCGCGUCAACUGGGGAUGCGACCAAGGAUGCUGCCGCGAAGCAGGCGGAGAAGGAGGCCGCAGAGGCUCAGGCCAAGGCAGACCAGGAGGAGGAGGAUAACCUGUUGGAUCUGAUCAGCUCUUUCGGUCAAGAGGAGACUCAGGUUUCAGGAAAGAAGAAGAAAUAG